CUGAACGAGCUAAUGACUGGGAUCAAGUCCGUCGUGUUUUUGACCAUGCUGAACUGUCGGUGGAUAAAAGGAGUCUGAUCAGCAGCAGGAAUAUGGAACUGAGCAGGAUAAUCGGGAUCAAGUGUGUUGUUCUGGCUUUUCUGUGGACUCUUACAAAUGGAGAUACUGAGGUGUCCUGUGUUUUCCAGGAAAGUUGCAUCUUACCCUGCAGUUUCCAAGGUAGCACCGAUGCAGUUAUCAGCUGGAGUCUGCUCAAGGCAAGACAUGUGUCCAUUCUCUCCUACAACUCCAACCAAGACCAGCUUACACAACAGGAUGAGCACUUUAGAGGCCGGGCAUCAUUAUUUAAAGACCAGAUAUCUAAAGGAAACGCCUCACUCCAGCUGACAUCAGUGGAGUUUCAAGACGAAGGCAGAUACAAAUGUGCAACAGGAGGAAACAAUGAUUCAUUUAUCAGCCUAAAAGUGGACGCUCCAGUCCGUGAGGUCAACAUUGAGAAAGCAGAAAACAGGAUCACCUGCAGCUCUGAGGGGAUCUACCCCGAACCUGUGCUCACCUGGUCCACCAGCCGUCAAACCGUCUUCAGGAGCACAACCAUAGUCCAGCAGAGUGGACCGAAUGGAGAACUUUAUAACAUUAAGAGUUCUGUGAUAUUGCCUGACACCAAACAUGAUUUUACUGAUAUGACCUACAGCUGCACUGUCAGCACUCGCAGCAACAACAAAACAGCCAUUUUGUCAAACCGCAACCUGAAAGAAGGCAUCGCUAAAGGCAUGGUGGCAGGCGUCAUCAUGAUUGCGGUAAUAUUAGGCCUGAUACCGAUAUGCUGCAAUAAAUUUAACAGUAAGAUGCACCAAAGCUGCUCAGUGCCAAUGAGUGUGCUGCCUGCAGUGGAAACAGGAUCAAUGGAGUUACAGGCUCAGCAGGUUCCUGAUGCUGCAGAAAUAUCAAGUCAACUCGAUUUGGUCCUGACAGAAAAAACUUCAGAGGAACUGAAAACACUGAUCACACCUGGGCACGAUCAUGAGGGAGAUGAUUUAUUACCAAAGGCAGCGGCAGAACCCACAGAAAUGUGAAUCCUGUAGAGACACGGCCUCAGACAACCUGACCUCUCCAUUUAUUAAAUCAUUUUUAAAUGUAUCUGUUAAAUGUACCUGACUCAGUAUCAUUAAAUGAUGCUGAUACACUCUGAGGUCUUUUCUGUUCUCCAUCAGUGACACUAAUGCUCACUUUGCACAUGUAUGUGAAGUUCUUUGAUAUUUUGAGUUUGAGAUUAUGGUUUCUCCUCUACCUCAUGUACUCGAUAAAAUGAUACAAAAUAAUCAAGCAGAAAGAAAAAGUCAC